AUGGCUCCUGACGGAAACCAGAGCAGUGGUGUGACGGAGUUCAUCCUGGCAGGUUUCCCGAACCUCAACAGCACAAAGGCAGAACUGUUUUCUGUCUUCCUUCUUGUGUAUCUGCUGACCCUAACAGGCAAUGUGUUGAUUGUUGGGGUCAUAGGAGCUGACACUCGCCUGCAAACGCCCAUGUACUUUUUCCUGGGUAACCUGUCCUGUCUAGAGAUCCUGCUCACUUCUGUCAUCAUUCCCAAAAUGCUGAGCAACUUCCUCUCAAGGCAACACACAAUUUCCUUUGCUGCAUGUAUUACCCAAUUCUAUUUCUACUUCUUCCUUGGGGCCUCUGAGUUCCUGCUAUUGGCUGUUAUGUCUGUGGAUCGCUACCUGGCCAUCUGCCACCCGCUGCACUACCCCUUGCUCAUGAAUGGGGUUGUGUGCUUCCGGAUGGCCUUGGCCUGCUGGAUGGGGGGGCUCCUCCCUGUGGUUGGUCCCACAGUCGCUGUGGCCUUGCUUCCCUUCUGUGAGCAGGAUGCUGUGGUGCAGCACUUCUUCUGUGACAGUGGCCCAUUGCUCCGCCUGGCAUGCACCAACACCAAGAAGCUGGAGGAAACUGACUUUGUUCUGGCCUCAGUUGUCAUUGUAUCCUCCCUGAUGAUUACCGCUGUGUCCUAUGGCCACAUAGUGCUGGCUGUUCUGCGCAUGCCCUCUGCUUCUGGCCGUCAGAAGGCUUUUUCUACCUGUACCUCCCACUUAAUGGUGGUGACCCUCUUCUAUGGUAGUGCCAUCUUUCUCUAUGUGCGGCCAUCACAGAGUGGCUCUGUGGAUACCAACUGGGCAGUGACCAUGGUAACAACAUUUGUGACACCACUGCUAAACCCAUUCAUCUAUGCCUUGCGCAAUGAAAGAGUCAAGGAAGUCUUGAAGGACUUGUGUAGGAAAGUGGUGAUAAGGAUUUGUGGGGAUCUUUUGCUUGCUAAGAGUUUCAGUAAGAAAACAGUGACAUGA